AUGAAUCAAGAACUAUCUCGAAAGGAUAAAAGAAGGCAUAACAUCGAAACAAAGGUAAGUAAGAUUUACCACAACUUCAUAUUGGACAAGGAUUCGCAUUACAAAAAUCGUUUGACUUCUUUACAAACAGAUUUGACUACAUUGCACCAGGGCAACAAUAAAGCGUAUAUUCGUAAAGUACGUGAUUUGGAAGAAGCAAGAGAUUUGGAGUUAGUAAGACUGCGUCUAUAUGAAGAGUACAGAGUAUCUCGCUCCAGUAUAGAGUUUCAAGAGGACAUUGAAAGUGCGAAAGCAGAGCAUGAAAAAUUGGUCAAAUUGUGUAAGGAGAAACUGUAUGAGUCUAUCGAACAGAAGAUAAAGCAGCUGCAAGAAGACAGGCUACUGAUGGAUGUUGCGAAUACACAUUCGUAUGCGAUGGACUAUACCAGAACAAAAUUUCAAAAAUAUACAAGAAGCCAUACGGCUAGUGGUUGGGAAUCCUCGUCUAAUGAGCUUGGUAGGGAGUCUCAGAAUGAAAGUGCUACAGAUACUGGGAAUGAAAGAAGGUUUCUCAGAAAACGUGUGGGAGUGAAGGGAGUAAAUGGUUCCUCAAGACUAGGGAAAAACGCAGACGAAUCAGAUUUCCAGACCAAUUCCUCUAGUAACGUUGUAACGAACCUCAACGGUAAAAUUAGCACUCUUUCCAGGCAGACCAACAACGAGCCCCGUACUGACGUCAACUCUGACACUGAUUUCCUUCAAUCAAUAAGCGAUAGCGGGAAUCUUCAUACGCUGCUAUUUGGCGAAAAGGAAUCCGAGAGUAAAGCUAACGACAAAAAGAAGCACAGAACAUCUCAACGAUAUACAGCAAAAGCAGCGCCUCCACUCCAGUCGUUGAAGCCAGAUGAAGUAAAGGACGAUAUAGCUUUCAUAAGGCAGUUGACCAGCCAACCACCCGCACCAUUCAAAAGUCGUGUCGUGGAAUGA